UCUAGAAUGUUCUACGAUCAGACGUUGCAGCAUGUUUUAGAGGUGCCUCAUGGAAAUCACUGAGCUCUUAGUAUUUGGGUUCAUUUGCCAACAGUGCAAUGUUGGAUAUCAAGCUGCUCCAAACGCCAGCCGUGAUCAUUGAUAAUGGAUCUGGGUCAUGCAAAGCUGGGAUCUCAGGUGAGUCUGAACCACGAUCGCUUAUUACAUCCGUUGUUGGACACCUUAAACAGAACACGGAGGAUUACUACAUUGGGGAGAAGGCUUUCUCUAAGAAUGGUGCCGUGUUGCUGAAUUAUCCCGUUGAGCGUGGCGUGAUUACUUCUUGGGAUGACAUGGAGAACCUCUGGAAACACAUCUAUAAACAGGAGCUUAAAGUGAAAGCCAACGAGAGGCCUGUGCUGCUCUCUGAACCACCACUGAAUCCGCUGUUGAAUCGGGAGAGAACAACAGAGAUGAUGUUUGAACACUUUCAGGUUCCAGCUUUGUACCUCUCGGUCCAAGCCACACUGGCCCUUUACGCGUCCGCACGCACCACUGGGUUGGUGAUGGACAGCGGAGAUGGAGUAACUCAUACUGUCCCCAUCUAUGAAGGAUAUUGCCUACCCCACGGAGUGUCCAGACUUGAUGUGGCGGGGAGGGACAUUACCAAUUACCUCGCCAGCCUCCUUUUGGAAAACAGCCAGCCUUCCUUAAGCAGGGCCAAGAAAAUCAUGGUGCAGAACAUCAAAGAGAAGUCCUGCUAUGUAGCUUUGGAUCCCAAGCAGGAAGCAGGAAGAAAAGCUGAGGUCUUCAAGCUGCCAGAUGGAAGCACCAUCACACUCAAUCUCCACCUCUGCCAAGCACCAGAAAUCCUUUUCGUGCCAAAGAUCAUCGGUGUUGAGGCGCUGGGCAUCCAGGCCAUGAUCACCAAGAGCAUUAGAAAGUGUGACAGGGAUAUCUGCAGCCUCCUCUAUGGGAACCUGGUCCUCUCAGGCGGAUCAUCACUUUUCCAGGGUCUCGAUGAGAGGAUUUUUAAAGAGAUAGAACACCAAGUCCCACAGGGGGUUCCACUGCGAAUCAUAGCACCUCCAGAUACAAUGUGCGCUGCCUGGCUGGGAGGAUCCAUUCUAACUCACCUGGACUCUUUUGUACCCAUGUGGAUUACCAGUGAGGACUACCAAGAAUUUGGUGCGGGUGCAAUCCACCGAAAGUGCUUUUAAGAAGGGUGUAUACUUAUUAUGAUGAUUAUAAAGCUGAUCUGCAAGAUUGUAACUUUAAUAAAAGUACAAAGAGUG